CCGUUUUGUGGGUGUAGAACGAAAUUUUGGGGCCGGAGAAUUUGUCCUUUGAAAAUUAGUCACCAAUUGGAGCAAGUUCACAAAAAUGGUGGGUUCCUUUGCGGCGGCCGGAACCUGACGAGAAUUUCCCUUCUUUUACUGCUCCACUUUCCGCCAUUAAAACCCUGCUUCACGUUUAACAAACCCAUUUCCCAUCUCCUUCAAUAAAUCCCCAAUUUCACUUGAUUUUUCCCCAACUUCUCCUCUGUUUCGAUUUCAUUUUUCAUCUUCGUUUUCUUGUUUUGGGGGUUUUUGAUUGGGGUUCGAAUGGAGGAUCGGUACGAGCCAUUGAAGGACCUUGGCUCUGGGAAUUUUGGAGUUGCCAGGCUCGUCAGAGACAGGAAGACCAACGAACUCGUUGCAGUCAAGUACAUUGAGAGAGGGAAGAAGAUUGAUGAGAAAGUUCAGAGAGAAAUCAUUAAUCACCAAUCGUUGCGGCACCCGAACAUUAUCAGAUUCAAGGAGGUCUUCUUAACCCCAACUCAUUUAGCCAUUGUCAUGGAAUAUGCAGCUGGAGGAGAGCUUUUUGGAAGGAUAUGCAGUGCUGGUCGGUUUAGUGAAGACGAGGCUAGGUUUUUCUUCCAGCAGCUAAUAUCUGGAGUCAGCUACUGCCAUUCCAUGCAAAUUUGUCACAGAGAUCUGAAGCUGGAAAACACACUCUUGGAUGGAAGUCCUACUCCGCAGCUCAAGAUAUGCGACUUUGGUUACUCAAAGUCUGGUCUAUUACACUCGCAACCCAAAUCUACGGUCGGGACACCGGCAUACAUUGCACCGGAGGUUCUGUCGCGGAAGGAGUAUGAUGGCAAGAUUGCAGAUGUUUGGUCAUGUGGAGUGACAUUAUAUGUGAUGUUGAUUGGGGCAUAUCCAUUCGAGGAUCCCGAAGAUCCGAGAAAUUUUCGAAAGACAAUAGCGAGAAUAUUGAGUGUUCAAUACUCCAUACCCGAUUACGUUCGUGUGUCCGUGGAGUGUCGCAGCCUCCUUUCUCGCAUAUUCGUCGCCAACCCCGCUAAGAGGAUCACCAUCCAAGAGAUAAAACAGCUGCCAUGGUUUUUCAAGAACUUGCCAAAGGAGCUAAUUGAGAUUGAGAAAACCAACUUCAAACACCAGGAACACAACCAACCGUCGCAGAGUGUCGACGAAAUCAUGCAGAUCGUCCAGGAAGCAAGGACGCCGGGAGAAGGAGCUAAAGCCGGGGACCAAGCGAUGGCCGGAGGGUCGGGGCUCGACGAUCUGGACGCUGACAUAGAUUCUGAAGUUGAUGUUAGUGGUGACUACGUAACUGCUGUUUGAGAAUGGUUUGGUUUUAGAGAUUUGAUUACAGAAGCAGAGUGUGUUUGAAAACAUAUGGUGUCAAAAAUCACAUUGUACAGACAAAAAGAAAUAUUUACUGCCCAAAAUAUUUCCAUUGUAUCAAAUACUCCAUUUUUUGUUGAUGAAAAAAAAAACUAUCUGAUUCAAAGUGGUUGAAAUCUUCACUCA